AUGAGUGGCAGCGGCAGUGGCAGUGGCAGCAGCGAGGUCGUGACAGGGUUGCACGACCCACGACCCUUUGUCUUGUUUGACAGCGUGCCGAAGCAGAUCAGGCAAGCCGCAGACAUGCGCGUUUGGGGCAGCGCCUUUGGCACUUCGGAUCAAACCAAGCACUUGGUGGCGGUAGUUGGUGGACCGCACUUGUGCGUCUGUGACUGCAGCUUGGAUAUGCGACCCCUCUUCAAAUACACGCUCGACACAGAUGAGGAUUUGUACUGUGUUAGCUGGGGCUGGAAGCCGCUUCAGGGCGUGCCAGAUAUGCCCAUCAUUGCUGCUGCAGGGCUCACGGGCCACGUCUGGGUGUUCUCCGUCAAGGGCGAGCCCUUGCUAGCGUUUCGCAGAUACAAGUGCCUCACCACCGCCAUCAUGUUCCACCCAACAAACCCAGCCGUCCUCUUUGCUGGCGACGACAAAGGGCGCCUUCUCCAGUGGAACAUUUCGUGGACCAGCGAUCCGCCAACUGCUACGGCAACGAAAAAACAGUCCGGCUCCGGUUGGUCGGCACCACGCGUCAGUCACGUGAGCUCUCAAAUCAAUCCCGUAUUGGCGUUGAGCGCGCUCAAGCCGUUGAAGGCGCGAACAGACAUUUUCCCAAGCAAAUCCGUCGUCGUCGACUCCAUUGUCCACAUCCCCGGCACCAACCUCUUUGUUGCGAAAGGAACAAAAAGCGACAUUGCGCUGCUGCGGCUCACGGGUCCGCACCACCACUUGGAAACGGUGUGUCACCUCCAAUGGCCAAAGUUCAACGAAUACUACUUCCGCCUCGACGCCUUUGCGACGCCAACAGGCGUUCAAGUUGUUGCCGGCCACGCCCAGACGCUGUACAUGUACACAGUGGACCCGACUUCCGUCAACGCACAAGAUGUCAUCGAACCGGCACAGACGCAAGACGUUGUGCGCUACUGUGCGCUGGGGGAUGUGCGUGCAGACAAGUUGUCGUUUGUCAUCCGUGGGGUGUGCGCAUCGAGCGACGGCAGAUAUGCACUCGUGACCUAUGACCCGGCCGUGUUUGCUCUCUGGAAGACUUCCACAGCAGCUUGAACCCCUCGACACACCGCGCCGACUACGUGCUUACCUGUGUGUAUGUGUGUCUGUCUGUCUGUCUGUCUGUGUGUGUGUGUGUGUGUCUGUCAGUCCGUCUGUCUGUCCGUCUGUCUGUGUGUCUGUCUGUGUGUGUAUAACUCUCUGUCUCCCUCUGUGUACGCAUGUUGUGCGUUGACUGAAAGCGUCUUCUUGUGCGUGACUUGUUGUACCCUGUGUGUUCGUGAUCCGUGUGUAUGCAACUGCGUGUCGAAAACGAACGGUGCUAACAGUGUAACCAAAAUAAACCAAGCCAACACAAAC